AUGACGAGGAUUUCGGACUUUGCGGUCGUUGUGGCGACGGUGUCCCUGACAUGCCAAAGUGUGCUGGCCGGAUACGGGAUGAGCAUGUUCGCCGCGCAGACGUCUCCCCCGGACCCGUGUUACGACGAGAACGGUAACCCGAGACGGUGCAUCCCCGACUUUGUCAACUCCGCUUUCGGGAAGGAGGUGCGUGUUUCCAGCACCUGCGGCAAAGCGGCCAGCCGGUACUGCGUGGUGACGGAGAAGGGCGACGAGAGAAACAGGAACUGCCACACGUGCGACGCCUCGGACCCGAGAAAGUAUCACCCGCCGGCUUAUUUGACGGACCUCAACAACCCGCACAACCUCACCUGCUGGCAGUCGGAGAACUUCGUUCAGUUUCCGCAAAAUGUUACCAUGACGCUCUCUCUGGGCAAGAAAUUCGAGGUGACCUACGUGAGCCUGCAGUUCUGCUCACCCCGACCCGAAUCCAUGGCCAUUUUCAAGUCGAUGGACUACGGCAAGACGUGGGUGCCGUUCCAGUUUUACUCGACGCAGUGCCGGAAGAUGUACAACAAGCCCAACAGGGCCACCAUCACCAAGCAGAACGAGCAAGAGGCCAUUUGCACGGACUCCCACACGGACAUGCACCCUCUCUCCGGGGGUCUCAUCGCCUUCAGCACCCUGGACGGCAGACCCUCAGCGCACGACUUCGACAACUCGCCGGUGUUGCAGGACUGGGUCACGGCCACCGACGUCAAGGUCACGUUCAGCCGGCUGCACACUUUCGGCGACGAGAACGAGGACGACUCGGAGCUGGCGAGGGACUCGUACUUCUACGCCGUGUCGGACCUGCAAGUCGGAGGCAGGUGCAAAUGCAACGGGCACGCGUCGCGGUGCGUCAAGGACCGGGACGGGAGUCUGGUCUGUGAGUGCAAACACAACACGGCGGGGCCGGAGUGCGACAGGUGCAAACCUUUCCACUAUGACCGGCCGUGGCAGCGAGCGACGGCCAGGGAGGCCAACGAAUGCGUCGCCUGUAACUGUAACCUGCACGCCCGCCGGUGUCGGUUCAACAUGGAGCUGUAUAAGCUAUCGGGGAGGAAGAGUGGAGGGGUCUGCCUGAACUGCCGCCACAACACAGCUGGCCGCCACUGCCACUACUGCAAGGAGGGCUACUACCGAGACCUGUCCAAGCCCAUCUCCCACAGGAAAGCCUGCAAAGCAUGUGAUUGCCAUCCCGUGGGUGCUGCUGGCAAAACCUGUAACCAAACCACAGGCCAAUGUCCCUGUAAAGACGGCGUGACUGGUAUCACGUGCAACCGCUGUGCUAAAGGCUACCAGCAGAGCCGUUCGCCCAUUGCCCCCUGCAUAAAGAUUCCAAUCGCACCUCCAACAACCACAGCCAGCAGUACAGAGGAACCAUCUGACUGUGACUCCUACUGCAAGGCGUCCAAAGGCAAACUGAAGAUCAACAUGAAGAAGUACUGCAAGAAAGAUUAUGCUGUCCAGGUGCACAUCCUGAAAGCAGACAAAGCCGGCGAGUGGUGGAAGUUCACCGUCAACAUCAUCUCUGUCUACAAGCAGGGCGAGAGCCGCAUCCGCCGCGGGGACCAGUUCCUCUGGGUACGCGCCAAGGACGUGGCCUGCAAGUGUCCCAAGAUCAAGCCGGGGAAGAAGUACCUCCUGCUGGGCAACGAUGAGGACUCCCCCGGGCAGAGCGGGGUAGUUGCAGACAAAGGCAGUCUGGUAAUCCAGUGGAGGGACACAUGGGCGCGCAGGCUCAGGAAGUUUCAACAACGUGAGAAGAAAGGCAAGUGCAAGAAGCCAUAG